AUGUCAACUGUUAUUGAGAGUGAUGAUGAUCUAAACAAAAAUCAAAGUUUUCCUGAACAGACAUUAAUCCAAAAUUAUGAUAGAAAUAACAAUUCUAAUAAUGGCGACGCUAACACUUUGCAGAACGGAGAAGAAUCUCUUACCAGACGAGAAUUAUACCCAGGAAUGGUUAAUAGAGUUUGUGACGUAUGUGGUAUAAGACCGGAGGAUUAUAACAAAAAACUGAUAACUGAGAUUUAUUAUUCAAAUUACGUGAAGAAAAGAAGAACUAUUCAAGCAAAUAAUACCGAUAUUGGGAGGGAUAAUCAAUCAUAUAAUUAUCCUGGAAAGAAAAGAAGAUUUUGGUAG